CGGGCCGAGGUGAGCGCCGGGCGGGCGGCAGCGCCAGAGCGAGUGGAGCCACCGGGGGCUCCGGGUGGCGGCGGCGGCGGUGGCAGCGUAGAGGAGGAAGGCGGCGGCUCUCCCCCGGCUGACGCGCUACCCGGCCCGUCCCACGAACUCGCGCCGGUCCCGCGGUCCGGCGGGUCCCCAGCCCAGGGUCCCUCCACCGCCGCCAUGGCCCGGCCGCUGGUGCCCAGCUCGCAGAAGGCGCUGCUUCUGGAGCUUAAGGGGCUGCAGGAGGAGCCGGUGGAAGGCUUCCGGGUGACGCUGGUGGAUGAAGGAGACCUAUACAAUUGGGAGGUGGCCAUCUUCGGGCCCCCCAACACCUACUACGAGGGCGGCUACUUCAAGGCCCGUCUGAAGUUCCCUAUCGACUACCCGUACUCCCCACCUGCCUUCCGGUUCCUAACCAAGAUGUGGCAUCCAAACAUCUACGAGACAGGGGAUGUAUGCAUCUCCAUCCUCCAUCCCCCAGUUGAUGACCCCCAGAGUGGAGAGCUGCCCUCGGAGCGGUGGAACCCCACGCAGAAUGUCAGGACCAUCCUCCUAAGUGUGAUCUCUCUGCUCAACGAGCCCAACACCUUCUCACCAGCCAACGUGGACGCCUCAGUGAUGUACAGAAAGUGGAAAGAGAGCAAGGGGAAGGACCGAGAGUACACAGACAUCAUCCGGAAGCAGGUCCUGGGGACCAAGGUGGAUGCAGAGCGUGACGGUGUGAAGGUGCCCACCACACUGGCAGAAUACUGUAUAAAGACCAAGGCGCCGGCGCCUGAUGAGGGCUCGGACCUCUUCUACGAUGACUACUAUGAGGAUGGCGAGGUGGAGGAGGAGGCUGACAGCUGCUUUGGGGACGACGAGGACGACUCCAGCAAUGAGGAGUCCUGACAUCGUGUCCCCCGCCGAAAUAAACUUACAAAAUUUUACCUCACUAGGAUGGACCUGUAUGGCUCUUAGACGACAGACUACCUCAUGGAGGUUUUGUGUUGCUUCCUCUCCUUGGGGUGGUGGCAUUUAGGUUUUCUUCUUCCCAUAUGUGUUCCUGGGUUUUCCUCGGCUUCAGAGAAGAGCAGCGCCCGCCUCCCUCAUGCAGGGCCAGCCCACCUUUCCACAGAGGCUCUGGCUUCCAGGACUGGCUACAGCCCAGCAGCGCCUUGCACAGCCACAGCAGGGGGCGGAGAUGGGCAAACAGCCUGGGAUGGCCCCAGAAUCGGGCCCACCACCCAGCUUCUCAGAGCCAGAGACUUGAUGCCCAGCUCAUGAAUGGAUGGAUUGCCUGUAGCCACCUCUUCUCUGCUUUGGUUUGUUUGAAAUCUAAAUAAAACUGCUUUAUGAGAAGAUAGGCAAGCUCUCCUUGGGGUGGAGAGGUGAUUGGCAGGCCCUUCUGUCACCUGGAACUCUUGACCAGCUUGGGGCCUCCACAGCAGGCUGGAUGUGAGGUCAGGGCAUCCUACCUGGGGAGAUAAGGGAUGAGGUGAAGGCAGCCAGUCAGGAGUUCAGGGCAGCUGGUGCAUGGCUUAAGUGGUAGAGUGCCUAGCAAACAUGAGGCCCUGAGUUCACACCCCAAUACCACCAAAAAUAAUAGUUCAGGACAGAAGUCAUGUCCCUGCAGCUCUGAAGUAUGACCUGGAUUCAACAGGCCUGGGUGGCCACCUCCUUCCAGCCUGGGGAAUCGGGGUAACCAGAAAGCUUCCAGGGGCUUCCUACCUCUGGCUGGUUGCAUUUUGGGAAA